AACUUUGUCGAGAUCGAAUCCCGUCCGAGUGGUCGGGCUACAGACACGGUUAUCAGUGGCUGAGACUGGCAGCGAAGAGAGGGAGGAUGUCGGCGAGCUUCAGAUCGAGUGGUCCGUCAGGUGGAGAGGCGGGGGUCGGUCGAAGUUACAUUAUAUUCUAUUCACGUCCUACUGUCGCGUGGAUCCUUGCUUCUGCUUGGCUCGUCACGAGUUGAUGCGAGUGAUAGCGAAUGAUCGCGAGUGACCAAUUUGCAUGGGAUUCAAUUGGAUUUCAAUUAAUCAUCCUUUUGAUCACCUCUCUUAUCAACGCCCAUCAUCCAUCUUUACUACGUCCCUUUCCACCAUGCUUACCUUUAACAGUGAAGUCGCGGAAUUGGCCAGCGCGCUCGCUCUGCAAGCUCCCGGCACUGACGCUCCUUUAGACGUGCUGGGGGACUGGGGACGAGAAGUCGUGCGAUUUCUGACUUGGCUCGACACCGAGGAACGCAAGGAGUUAUUCACGCUUACGGCGGUCUCCGAGCUCCAAACAACCUUCCGAGACCAGGUGGAUACACGCCGCUACCACCCUUUUCGAUCUUGGGGUCGCCGGUGGCUUCCCCUUACUGCUCAGGCUUGGGAAGCAAAAAUGCAAGCUUUAAUGGCGACGCCCGUGAUCAAGGAUUCUUUCGCUAGCACCCAGUCGUCUUCGCUUGCUGUCGUCACUCUCUCUGAAUCUUCUAACAAGGGCAAAGGCGAUGGCCGCGCAGGUGCAGGCGAUAGGGAAACUGACGAGGAGUCUCCUGCGCGUGGCGCUCACCCUUCUCAGGCUAAACGUUGUCGAGAGGAAACAUUGCAAGGCGACAGAGGGCCUUCUGAUGUCCAAACGUCUUACUCACUCGCGGACCAUCCUUCCAAUCGGCGUCGGCUCCCACCCUCCGUAAAGAAACCAGCUCCUGCGCUCCCGCGCAUGCCUCCACCCAAACGCCGCACUGUCAACGAGCUAAUGCAAGAGAAAAAGCUGCGAGAUCCUCGCGCUGUGGUGCUUGAAUGCCAGAGAUGCACGGAAAGACCCUCGGCGAUGAGGCCCUGCCUCACCGUACUUCGUCUGUCGUGGCAGACUGAUGAAUACGAGCUGUCGGACCGUUGCAUGCGCUGCAUUAUAGAGCAUCAAAAGUGUGAGUGGACUGCUGAUGCUAUUUCUAAGAAUGCAGAACACCGUUUGCACGUCUCCACAAAACUCUUCUCACUCACUGUGGACCAGCCGGCAGCUUCAAAGCCGUUAGGGCCAACGUUGACUCAGUCGAUUGCCCCUGUUCCUCACGUCUCCACAAAACUCUUCUCACUCGCUGAGGACCAGCCGGCAGCUUCAAAGCCGUUAGUGCCAACGUCGACUCAGUCGAUUGCCCCUGUUUCUCACGUAGCUAUCAAUUCGUCGCACAAGAACACGGUGAAGGCAACUUCUUCCAAUCGGCCUGUACCCGGCCCUUCCUCUGCUAUUGCGACAAAGCAGGCAAAGCAUACUUCCCGCAUCAUGCCCCAGCUGCCUACGCCAAAGCGCUCCACUUCACCUAUUUCAAUUGAGAUAAUGGAACUGUUGUAAAAAAAUUCGUGAACGAUCUCAUUGCAUCAAGGUUCCAAAGGAAGGCUGCGGUCAUGCGCGAAAUCCUAAUGCCCACGAGAUCAGAAUCUAUGCCUUCCCCGUUCGCUACUUCACGACCUGUGGCACCCUAUCUUCACUGGCACGGAGCUCUCGAUUGCCUCAGGCUUGCGAUCUUUACUUUAUUGACAAGUUCCCUAGCUACAGGCUUGUCAUCUCAUGCAGUAGAUGUCGAGCACCUUCUACUGG